AUGUUUGCGACGACGGCGCGGUGGGCGGCGAAGAAGGGGAAGCCCAAGAUGGCGCCGAUCGAGCUGACGACGGCGCCGGAGCAGGCGCAGUCCAUCACCAGCACCAUCUUCGAUGUCGUCAAGGAGCAUGGCCCCCUCACCAUCUCCGACGUUUGGGAGCACGUCAAGGCCGUAGGGCUGAGGGGUUUGACAAGCAAGAGACAGAUGAAGAUCAUGCUGCGGUGGAUGAGGGAGAAGCAGAAGCUCAGGCUCAUCUGCGACCACGACGGACCUCACAAACAGUUCCUCUACACGACAUGGUUCACCAACCCCAAGAAUGCGCCGCAGAGGCCCAAGAGGGAGCUCAACAAGGAGAAUCCCAAGCCAUGACCGCACUCAUGUUGACCAAUGUAGGGCAUAUUUGGUUUACACCUUUCUCCUGACUUUUUCCUUGAUCUGUAGACAAAAUUGUUAAUCAUAUUAUGGUGCUUAUAGCUGAAAUACUGUGAACGAUGCCACAUUGUGAAUUAUGCAUGAAUAAAUAACCCCAAAGAGUUAUUUUUUUCUGCUGUAGUUCUGAUUUUGCCUUCUUUGGUGCUUCUUCCCGAAACUGGUGUUGGUCUUCUUAAGGACUUUGGCCUUGGCCUUCUCCAAUUGAAAUUAAUGUGGUUUUAACUGCUAUUAACUUUGGCAAGAACAUUACUUUAAAUGAUGGGGUUAUGUCUCAUUAUCACAUCUUUAACCAUUUGCAGGUCAUGUAUUCAGUAGA